AUGACUCCUCUUGUGUUGUCUCUCCUGCUGCUGCUCGCUCCGGCACACAGCUGGCUGUCUUUAGAGGACUGGGGCUCUGGGAGUGUGGCAGGAUCCAUCGGAGACUUCGGACAAUGUGUUUGUAAUGUUUUUCUUCCGGAUACGUCAUUCCCAGCGGACCGCGUGGAGCACAUGCAGACGUCCUCAACUGAUCUGGCUGUGGAAAUCAAGCUCCAAAUCAACAAGGUCACCAGCAUCAAAGGUCAACUGGUGGUUCUUCUGAGCGAGCUCACUAACCUGACCGCUCGACUGGAGAUUCUGCAGACCGGACCUGACAAGUUCAUCAAACUGGAGUUCGAGCUUAUCCGAAUCGAACUGCGGGAUUUUGAGGCUCUGGUCACCCAACUGAAAACAUCUCUGAAUAUCUCCUCGCCGGCCAUCGAUGAACUCUACAUCGAGAUCCGAAACAUGAGCUUAAUCGUCGACCGACUGGAAAGCUACGACCGGAGCAACCUGGAGGUGAUCCGCAUCGAGUUCGCCAAACUCCAGAAGAAACUGGAGAAAUGUCAGGACGACAGGGAAGAGAUCUCUAACUCACCCAUAGGGUCCUGUACGCACGGAGGGAUUCUCAGAUUUGGUAGACCGGUCAUCAGUCAGCUGAACGCCAAUCUGAACGCAGGGUUCAAGUACGGAGGCUGGGGUAAAGAUUCCAGUCCUCUGUCCGGAUCGGAGGAGAUGUAUUGGUACGCCGGUUCUUCAGAUCUUCUGCUCAGCAGAAUCUCACUUUACGGCGACUAUUAUAAACUGAUCAUGAGACAAGCCCUCCACACGCACGAGCUUUAUGUCUAUAACAGAUAUGACUAUAGAGGCAGCGGAAAUAAUUACAUUGUACGAUCAAACGCUCUUUAUUACCAAUACAACAAUCCCUUCAAAAUGGCCAAAUACAACAUGACCAGCUCCACCGUCGUGACCGAAGUUGUUCCGGAAGCGACCACCAGAUUCUCGUACCAUUACUCCUCCAAUCAGAACCUGGACUUUGCAGCGGACGAGUCUGGACUGUGGGUGACUUACGCCACAGAGGCUUCUAAAGGUAAACUGGUUUUGGGGAAGAUCGAUGAAGACUUAUUUAAGGUCCAGCGGGUUUGGCACACCAGCGUUUUCAAACAGUCCGUCACAAACGCCUUCAUGAUCUGCGGGGUCCUGUACGCCACCCGUUCAGUAGAUACUCAGACGGAGGAGGUUUUUUACACGUAUGAUACGAACACCAGCGAGGAGAAUUAUGUUAGUAUUCAGUUUGAGAAGUUUCAGGAUUUAUAUGUUUAUCUGGACUACAAUCCUGCGGAUCAGAAACUUUACAUGUACAACAACGGUUACUAUGUGUAUUACAAUGUGAAGUUCAGGGAUGCUUAGAGAGAUUCUCCUGCUUUUAUAACUUCCAUCUGAGGAAAUGUAAUAUAUGGAAGAGAAAAUUAAUGACAAUAAAU